GUUCUAAUCUACUCGCGAUUACCAAGACCUGCAAACUCAUCAUGGCCCCACUCGCAGUACACGUCAAACACGCAGGCAAAACACUCGAUGUCAACCUAGAUCCAUCCCUACCACCAGCCGUGUUCAAAGAUGCGGUGUACCAAGUCACGGGCGUGCCACCGGAGCGUAUGAAAGUGAUGAUCAAGGGUGGGGUACUCAAGGAUGAUACGGAUUGGAAGAAGGUUGCUCCUAAAGAGGGACAGACCUUCAUGGUUAUUGGCGCUGCGGGCGAGCUCCCGAAGCCGCCUGAAAAGCCGAUCAUUUUCCUCGAGGAUAUGAACGACUCCGAAAUCGCAGAAGCCCUCUCUUUACCCGUUGGAUUGAAAAACCUCGGAAAUACCUGCUACAUGAACGCCACCGUCCAAGCGAUGCGUGCCAUACCAGAGCUUCAAACCGCUCUUUCAAAAUCACCACAUUUGGACGUCCUCCCUCGUGCGAUGCGAGACUUGUAUAACAACAUGUCUCGUACGACAGAAGGAUAUAUUCCUACGGCGUUUUUGACCGUGUUGCGUCAGACUGUCCCUCAGUUUGGAGAGGUUGAUAGAUCGGGGAAGAAUGGAAUGUUGGCUGGGUAUGCACAGCAAGAUGCUGAAGAGUGUUGGACGCAGCUUGCCAACGCCUUGAAAGAUGUUCAUGGGAUCGAUGCUGCAGGGAAUUCAUCAACGGGGGCAAGGAGAUUCGUGGAUCAGUUCAUGAUGGCUGAGAUGCGCAGAGAAUUGAAAUGCGACGAGGCGCCGGAAGAGCCUAGCACCGUGACGAUAGAGAAGGUUCUCAAGGUCGAGUGCAAUAUUUCGACAACGACGAAUUAUAUGCAUGCUGGUAUCAAGGAUGCAUUGAACUCUCAGUUGGAAAAGAACUCUCCUUCGCUCGGGCGUCAAGCAGUUUACAGCCAGACGUCGCGUCUUUCGCGCCUACCCAGUUACUUGACAGUGCAUAUGGUACGUUUUGCAUGGAGGCGCGAUAUCGGAAAGAAGGCCAAGAUCAUGCGCAAAGUGAAGUUUGCGGCAGAGUUUGAUGCGCUGGAGGUAGUGACCGACGAGCUGAAAGCGAAGCUAACACCUGUGUCCAGCAAGCUAAAGUCGAUUGAGAAGGAGCGUUCGGAGCGGCGGAAGGUGCGCAAGCGGACGAAGGUGGCGCAGGAAGCGGCGUCUUCGUCUAGGCCCGCGGUGGAGAAUGCGGACGUUGAGAUGGUGCCUGCGAUCGAAGUGCCGGGGGACCUGGAGGACGAGAGUGUGUAUCGUGCGCGGGAGUUGCAGGAGCUGGAGGGGUUGGUCGAUGCAGAUGUGAAGAGUGAUUAUGGGUGCAGCGUGACGGGGUUGUAUGACCUUGUUGCGAUUGUUACGCACAAGGGAGCUGAUGCUGAUGCGGGGCACUAUAUGGGGUUCGUGAAGAAGAGCGUAUUCCAUGCGAAGUCGGGUGACGGGCCUGCGUUUGACGAGGACGAUGAGGACUGGUACAAGUUUGAUGAUGACAAGGUGUCGCUGUUCCCCAAGGAGAAGCUGGGGACAAUUGAUGGAGGAGGGGAGGAUUCGUCUGCGUAUGUGCUUUUGUACAGGAGCAAGCCGUUGGCAUAGUGUUCGAUAAGAGAUAGGGCGUAGGUAUAAUGCAAGGAAGAUACAUGAAUCUAAGUACUACGACUCGCAUCAUCGCCGUCUAGGUCGUUUGCAGAAGGUACGGCGGCUGAUGCUGCAGCGCCUGCAGCGGCCUGACCUUGUGAUUGGGGCGCGACGUCCCUUGAAG